GCGACCCGUUUGUUUUGGCCGAACUACCGAACUCUCCCACCAUCGCUUACUACCACCCAAGCUACAGCUAACUGACGUCGAGUUCGGUGCCCGACACCUCCGCUAGGAACCAACUUCUAGCUACACUGGACGAAAACACAGAACACCGUACCUCACGGUUUCCCUUAAAGAAAUGAACACAAUCAAUGACGCUAUUUGUGAGGUUGAACGGAAGAUCGGCCGGGAACGGUCUAUGAUCCACGGUGCCCGUGCAAUGGAGCAAUUGACGAAGAACCAGGUAAUCCACCAGCAGCUGCGAGCAAACAUCAAAGAAGCCGAAAAAAACAUUGCAUACUUGGAAGAAAGACUGCAGAAACUGCGGCUACGACAGGCUGGGGUGCAUUCUAAAAGCUCGACGAGCGUGUCUGGACUGUCCACAGGAAACGGACAGGACUCGGAGGAUAAGAGUAAAGAGACAAACAGUCAGCCGCCGUUGACAAACCUCGACAUCAUCAAAUAUGACACUCCCAUUACAAUUGCCAAAAUCUCAGUCAUGCUGCAGCAGCUCGAGUUCAAACUCACACUCGAAAAACAGUUCCGCGAGGGCAUUGACAAGAUGGCCAAGCUGUAUCAACGGGAGGGCGACAAGCGAAGCAUUUUCGAGGCCGAAACCAAGAGAGUAGAAAGCGCACAAAAGAUCAAGCUCCUUCAGCAGGCUCUGAAGCGGUAUCAUGACUUGCAUAUCGAGAUUGAUGAAGACGACCUCAACACAGGCACCCAGCUCAUCGCACCCAACAUCCGUCGUCCGCAGUCGGGAACGCUCACUAUAUGCAUCGGCUCUCUCCGCAACGUGAACCAUUCGUCUACCAGCAUCACUCGCACAACCGAAACGGUUGCCGUCAUCAAAAUCGAAGAUGUGGAACGGAGUCGAACGAGGCCGAGCCGGAACGACAAGUUCAACGAGGCCUUUGACAUUGACGUGGAAAAGGCCAACGAGGUUGAGAUUGUGGUGUACGACAAAAAGAACGACAAAACAAUCCCCAUCGCGCUGCUUUGGAUUCGUCUUUCAGAUCUCGUGGAGCAGCUGCGACGGAAAAAAAUCGAGCAAGAAAUCUCUGACUCUGGCUGGGUCAGUGCGGACAAAAUGGACACGGAUCCUUUGUCGAAAAGCACGGGCAAUCGUCGGUCACUUCUUGUAAUUCCUAAAAACGAAACCUCUCAUGGGUCAUCCAGUACUACCUCCGUCGUCAGCCCGCCUGUCUCCGCAUGGUUUUCCAUGGAGCCUGUUGGGCAGAUCUACCUUUCCCUUAACUUUGUCAAACACAACCUCCGCAAGCGGCCGUUCGAUGCCGGACUGGGCCGCCAGGGCGCUAUUCGUGCGCGCAAGGACACGAUUCACGAGGUGUUCGGCCACAAAUUUGUGCAGCAGCAGUUCUACCAGAUCAUGCGCUGUGCAUUCUGUGGAGAGUUCCUCAAAAAUACAUUUGGCAUGCAGUGUGAGGAUUGUCAUUACACCUGUCACAAAAAGUGUUACCCCAAGGUCGUCGUCAAGUGCAUUUCCAAGCCUAGUGACGGCACGGAGAACGAGUAUGAGAAAAUCAACCAUCGCAUCCCACAUCACUUUGAAGCGCACACCAACAUUGGUGCCAACUGGUGCUGUCAUUGCGGUUAUAUAUUGCCUUUGGGCAAGAAGGUUGCUCGCAAGUGUACUGAAUGUGGUGUCACCGCUCAUGUUCAAUGUAUGCACCUUGUUCCCGACUUCUGUGGCAUGUCUAUGGAAAUGGCAAACCGUAUUCUUUACGAGCUGCGUACCACCAAACCACGAAAGACUCCUACGGCAACUCGUUCCGCUUCUAUUCCCUCGACCCCGGUCAGCAAACUUACUUCCAAGUCGGAAGCUAACCAUGCCAAGAAGGACUCUGUUGUUUCUACAACGUCGCUGAUUUCUCCCCUGGCACCGACUCAACAAUCACCUCCCCCUGUUUCUACCCCAGUUUCUGUGCCCGUUAUCGAAAUAUCCAGUCCACCUUCUCUUACUCCCGCACCGUCUAUCAAACGGAAACCUAUUCCCCCAGGUGAUAAUGAGCAGCCGCUGUCUCCUUACUCCAUCCCGCAAGCAGAAGCCGAGACCCCUAAACAAGAUGUAACCAUAGUCGAUUCCGUUGGUCGGCCUGUUCAAGCGACUGACGCCAAUCUCGCCAAGACUCUUGUUGAGCCCUCUAAGGUGGUCGGUUUGGAUUCCUUCAACUUCAUCUCUGUUCUCGGUAAGGGUAACUUUGGUAAAGUUAUGCUCGCAGAGUCAAAGAAAACCAAAAAUUUGUUCGCCAUCAAGGUUCUAAAGAAAUCAUUUAUCCUUGAGAAUGACGAAAUUGAAAGUAUUAAGUCUGAAAAGCGUGUUUUCCUUGUCGCCAAUCGCGAAAAGCACCCGUUCCUUCUUAAUCUGCAUUCGUGUUUUCAAACAGAAACUCGUAUUUUUUUCGUUAUGGACUAUGUCAGUGGAGGUGACCUAAUGCUUCAUAUCCAGCAAGAGCAAUUCUAUCCCCGCCGUGCACAGUUUUAUGCGGCUGAAGUCUGUUUGGCGCUCAAAUACUUUCAUGAUAAUGGAAUCAUCUACCGUGACUUGAAACUGGAUAAUAUUCUGCUGAGCCCGGAUGGUCAUAUAAAGCUUGCUGAUUAUGGACUUUGCAAAGAAAACAUGUGGGACAAAAAUACCACUGUUACCUUUUGCGGUACGCCAGAGUUUAUGGCUCCGGAAAUCUUGCUUGAACAAAAAUACACACGAGCCGUCGAUUGGUGGGCUUUUGGAGUGCUUAUUUACCAGAUGUUACUCGGUCAGUCGCCGUUCAGAGGUGAUGAUGAGGAAGAAAUUUUUGACGCCAUUUUGACGGACGAGCCUCUGUAUCCUAUUCACAUGCCUCGUGAUUCUGUAUUUAUUUUACAGCAAUUGCUUACUCGCGCCCCAGAGAAACGUUUGGGUUCUGGGCCAAAUGACGCUGAAGAUGUUAUGGCUCAUCCCUUCUUCAGUAAUAUUAAUUGGGAUGACAUUUACCAUAAACGCAUUCAGCCGCCAUUUGUUCCUAAACUUGAGGGACCUAAAGAUACGAAAUAUUUUGAUGAAGAGUUUACGAGUGAACUCCCCAUUCUUACUCCCAUUCAGUCUACCCUUUCGCCUGAGAUGCAAAUGCACUUCGAAGGCUUUUCCUAUAUUUCCGAUUUUGAUACACCUCUUGGCAACUAGCCUCAUUAAGCAUUUCACGGCGAUCCUUUCACACGUUCUUUGUUAUAAAGGUUGUCAUUUGUUUGUACAUGUUUCAUUUAAGCAAUAUAUUUUUUUUACGCUUCAAAGAGUGUACUCAGUUGAACUCAUGUAUAUGUAUUACGUGGCACUAAGGGGAAUUGCAGCUGUUCAAAUUGAACCUCAUUUUUUCCUCAUGUGAAAUCUUGCAUUACUGUCAAAUAAUUGCUUCAUUUUUCCUUCUAAAUUUUACCAACAAUCAGUACUAUUUUGAGAAAAGGCAUGCUCCAACAAGUACAUUUUUCACUACAACAUGUCUAGUGCAUGCCCGCAUGAGGAUCUUCGGGUUGCUUUUCGGGAUCCAGCUUAAUGCUUGUGUCAAUGCGGAGAAUAGCAAUACAAGCCUCUACGGCACUCUUAAUGCUUUUCAGUUUGGACAUCAUAGGCUCAAGCACACCAGCUUGAACAUUGUUGCGGAGAGUGCCGUUCAGCAGAUCAAGACCGUAGAACUUGUAGUUACGCUUCUUUGAAUCAGUGGGAUCGGCAUUCUGGGCAGCUGCAUGGUAAGCACGAAGCUUAGCCGUCAGCUCACUAGAGUCCUUGGCAGCAUUUACAGCCAACGUUUUGGGAAUUACCAGCAUUGCUUGGGCAAACUCAGCAAUGGCAAGCUGCUCACGCGAACCAAGAGACGUAGCGAAAUUCUCGAGGUAAAUGCUCAAAGCCGUUUCAACGGCACCUCCACCGGGAACAACGCUGCCGCUUUCCAGAGUCCGCUUGACGACGCUAAGGGAAUCAUGAAUAGAACGCUCCAUUUCAUCCAAAGAGUAUUCGUUAGGGCCACGAAGAACGAUAGAGGAAGAAGAGAAGGCCUUUGUGCCCUUGAUGAUAAUACAUUCGUCAUCGGAAAAGCGUUCUUGCGAAACCUCUUCGGCGGAACCAAGGUAAGAACUCUCAAAAGUUUCUUCGCCCUCCAAGUUUGACAAAGUACUGAUCAUCGUAGCACCGGUAGCCUUCGCGAUGCGGCGUAAGUCUUCCUUCUUGCAACGACGAACAGCCAUGGCACCAGCUUCAACAAAAGACUUCAAGCAAAGAUCAUCAAUACCCUUAGUAGUGAGAAUAACAUUGGCGCCAGCAUUAAGAAUCUUUUUCACACGCUCCAAAGUAAUGGCAGCCUCUCUUUCACGAAUUUUUUCAAGCUGGUCAGGGUCAUCAAUCGUCACAUGAACACCGAGAGCCAUACGGGCCUUCUGUAAGUUCAUAUCCAAGACGGCAAUCUUGGCAUUUUGAAUACGUGUCUUCAUAGCCUGACUGGCAAUUGUACAGUUGAGAGCGUAGCCCUUGAUUAAAACAGAUUCCGUGGAACUGCGACCAUGGGCCUUAAGGAUGUUCACAGCUUUCACGGGAUAGCGAACCUCUCCACGAGGAUUAAUGGCCUUCACCGAAAGCAUGGCAUCAACAACCAUGCUGGCAAAGAAAUCUGAAUCGGAUCCAAUAAUUUUGGACGACAUACUGGUCUUGGCAACGUUGAUUAAGCAAUCGCGACCAAGGCUCUCGACAUUACACUUCAAAACUUCCGUCAUAAACUUUACAGCCUCACGCAAAGCCAGACGGUAGCCAGUAAUGAUGGUGGUAGGAUGAAUCUUGUUUUUCACAAGUUCAUUCGCACGACGAAGAAGCUCAGCAGCGACGAUAACAACACUAGUCGUUCCAUCACCGACCUCCUUGUCUUGUUGUUGUGCAAGUUCGACGAGUACCUUGCCGGCAGGGUGUUCUACGUCAAGUAAAGAAAGAAUAGUAGCACCAUCAUUCGUUACAGUAACAUCCUAAAGCGGUCAGCAAGUGAAAAGAGUGACAUAUUAAACAAUUCAAUUCUCCAAAUGAGGCUAAGAAGACAGGAGGACCGUGUUGACUCAGUAUCGUUCAGAUUGUUGUAAUUGUUUUUGUCGUAGCACUCAUGGCAAUGUUACAACCGGUUAAUAACCAGAACAAGUCAUCAACACUUGAACAGGUUUCCUUUACUAAGUGACACUCCUAGCCUUCACUGUAUGAAUAAAUUAACAACUUACACCAAUAUCGUCGACAAGCAUUUUGUCGAGACCGACGGGACCCAGAGAUGAUUUCACAACAUUUGCAAUAGCCAUAGCAGCCAAAACUGUUCAUUAGCGGACGGUUCAUAGAGAUUCUAGCGAGAAUUCUUACCGUUCUGGUUGCGAACAUCUUCACCACUGAUUUUCUCUCCUCCUAGGACUUCGUUGUUAGAAAAAAAUCAGCUAAAGUGAUUACAUACAGAGAGUA